AUGUCAUCUGAAUGGUACGGUUGGUUUGAUGAUGAGAAAUUGUCGCAUCGAGUUGUUAAAUGUAUCGCUGAUCUCUUUUAUGAGCCAUUCGUCUACGAUGAAUUGUGCUUUUACUGUAUUGAAGGUGCAUCCUGCCCAUAUCAUGAAAUCCCACAAGAACGGAUACAAGUACAACAAAAAGAUAAUAUAUCAAUGGAUUAUGUAUUAGAUGAAAUUUUUGGCUUGCAAAGUGAUUGCUGCAAAUGUACAAAUUGCGAAGUAGAAGUUGUCACAAAUUACCGAGAGAACAGGACAGUAAAAGUUCCGCAAAACUGUACUGCUAUAAAGCAAUCAAUCAAUAUACAAUGGCAUGUCAUCUUCAUUGUUUUCUUUUGCUUUCUUAUUUAG